AUUUCUUGUUUCCUUUUUCUCUUUUUUUAUAUUUUCUUUUGUCGAACCAUUUAAAUAGGUACUCUGUCCAUUCAUUAUUACCAUAAAGGAGAAUUAUGUUCAAAUCUCAAUUUUUUUUACUAUUUAUUGUCAUUGUCAUUUGCCUAAUUUCAACUAUCGAAACAGCAAAAACAAGCAUAAAGAAAAAAACAACAAAAAGAAAGGUGGCCAACAGAAAGAGUAAAAUAUGGAAGUUUUAUAAUUGGAAUAAAUACGGCAAAGCUACUGUUGGUAGAGAUACUGUUUGGGAUAAAACUUGGGGUAUACCUGAGCAUGGGGGCUGGCUUUGGUAUUGGAAGGAUGCUGACAAAUUAAAAAAUGUACUUGUUAAGGCUCCUUCCGGUAAAAAGAAAGAUCUUGUGCUUAGAGUUACAUAUCCUAAAAAUUCAAGAAAUCCUGAGGAAAACCCUGUGGGUGGUCUUGGAUUUAAAGCGGAGCCUUUGACAAUUGAUAAUAAAGUGAGAACUGUUGAGUUCCAGUACAGUGUUUUUUUCCCCAAAGGAUUUGACUUUAAUAGAGGUAAACUUCCGGGCCUUUAUGGUGGUCAUGGUGAUUGUACCGGUGGCGAUGGAUCAAAAUCUUGCUUUACCACUAGAUUCAUGUGGAGAGACGGUGGUGAAGGUGAAAUUUAUGCCUACUUACCCGAAUCUGCUCAAAGAUCUGAUUUGUGUGAUAAUAAAAUCAAUAUUUGUAAUCCUGAUUAUGGCUUUAGUUUGGGUCGUGGAACUUUCAAAUUUACUAGAGGUAAAUGGCUUUCCAUUCGCCAAACAGUUGUAAUGAAUACUCCAGGAAAAAUGAAUGGGCAAAUUAUUAUUCAUGUCAAUGGUAAACGUGUUUUUACAGAAAAGAAAUUAGUAAUACGUACAAAUAGCUCUAGUCGUGUUGCUGGUAUUAUGUUCCAUACUUUCUUUGGUGGCUCUGAUAAUACUUGGGAGACACCUAAAACACAAUACAGCUAUUUUAAAAACUUUAGUCUCAAGGCUAUUUAUUAAACUAUUAGAUUUUUUUCCUGUCUAAUAUAUGAUAUCUCCAAAUAUAUUUAAUAUUGUAUGUUGUUAAAUUAGUAACUGUUGCUUUAUAUAUAUAUAUAUAUUGCCUUUGUUUAAAUGCAGUUUUACAUACUUCUGCUAUUAAAUGAAUUGUUAGCUUAAAAUUAGCAACCUUCGAUAUAGUUUGAUCCAAAAUGUAAAUAGCUAGUAUAUAUAUACAUAUUUAUAUUUAUAUAAAAGACAAUAAAAAUUACUAUUAAAUUGAAAGAAAAAAA